GUGGGGGGGUAAAUCGGGCUUGUUACCCCCCCACUUCUCUGCUUGAUUGCUCUGGGAGUCUUCUGUCCGCCCCGACCCCUCCCAACUAAGCAGAUGUCUACGACGAAUCGUCUCGAUGUUUGAAGAGGUUCAGCAGCACAUCACCGCCGCGGAGGUAAAUGAAGCGUCAGAUCUCAAGAGGAUCGGGCAGCAGCGACUCCGCGAUAUCUCCGGUACAGUCCCUACAUGCUUUACCUUCAACGUACCACUGUCUUCACCAGAGUACGACGCCUCAGUAACGAUUGAGGUCAAACCAAUCGUUCGUGAGAACUCUCUUCAUCCUUUGUACGAUAUCUUGAUCCACUGCGAAGCAAGUUCUUCUAGUGAUCAUGUCGAUGAACUCGCCAAGAAAGUCCAAGAAGUUUACGACACCUACAUUCAAGCUGUCCGGUGGAAAUUUGACCGGCAUUGCUUCGAGGCAAAUCCAAGUCGUCGACGGUGCACAGAAUGCCCGUCCCUGGCGUCGGAGGGCAGUACGAUGCGUCAAACAUUGCAACAGGAGCCCGUCUGCUCUCCUGGUUCCCAGAGCACCGAACCUACGCAGUUCUCCUCGCUUACGCCAUUGCUCGUACCUACAACCCCAUCAACCAGCGGAAAACGAGGCCCACCCUCCAUUGUAGCUGAGGAUUCGAGACCCGUCAAACGACCAAAGGCAAGGCAGACGGUCGAUGAAGUCAGCCGCGGCCUAAUCUCUACGAUUUCUAAAGGCUUGAAGAUGGUUCAGAAGAAAGACAUGUUUGCCUUUGACCAAUCGAAUAUGCAGCACAUCUUUUCCAAGUGCUUGCAAGCAAAUUUGUCCGGUCUUCUGCUCGACAAGUUCCUGCUCACGCUCGCCAGCGAGUUCAGGAAAAGAAUGAGACACAGCAAACAUGGAGCCAGACUCGCGAUGUGGUCUGAUUGGUACUUCUCUGCUUGCCUACAAUACGCCCGCUGCCGGACAGGCAUCAAGGAGAGGAACCACGACCAAGAUCGUUCAUCCAAUGCGGUUUAUGUGCUUCAUUCCAUCGUUAACAAUCUGUUGUUCUCUGAUGGCAUAAGUGCUCUCUCCGUGAUUGCUGCCGUUGCAGCAUGUGGGCAAGUUCUGUCGGCAGCAGCACAUAGAACUGCCCAAGAACAGGAGUUGAUCAUUGAAACCGUGACAGAAGCGCUACGGCGGCGCCUCCACCAUCCAGAAUGGUACGCGGUCCCUGUCCCGAUGGUUUGGAUAUCUGCGAAUGGCCUGGUCUGCGAUGGAAGUUUCUGGGCAUCUUGCGUUGCCUGAAGCUCCAGGACUGCGAAAUUCGGCAAGCCUAAAGUUUGACAUGCAUCCACGGUACUGGUGCUCGAGUGAGUGGAGGACUGCGGAAUUGAAAAGGUCCACUUACCUAAUUUUCAUAAUCAAGGACCUCCAAAAGCGUUGGGCAGCUUUCGAAGUUGAAAGAGCGCCACAUCUCAAUCUGCUACGCCGCUUACUGUGUUCAAUCGAGCAUCUUGACGUCGGCUCGGACGCCCGGCUUUCGCAAUUGCACAACGCGAUCGGUUGUAUUGAGACAGGCAAUUUGGAUCAGGCAUUGGAAUUUCUGACACUGGAUGCGCUACACUCCCAGGGGGCCUCACGCCUUACAGGGGUCGGAUCAUUGACAGCCACAGAGAAGACCACCAUGAUUAGGAGGUCAAUUUCCCUACUCUCAUCUCGGUUUUCAGAGCUUGUGCGCGACUGGCUAGGUGCAAAACACGUGGUCAUCACCGAGAAUCCUAGGGAUAUGGCGGAAUGUGGCUGGGGAAGGGAUCCAAGCUGGUCUGCUCAGAUGUUUCUGACUGACGUCUCGGACCUGAUCGUUUCUGGGGACAGUAUAACCUUUGAAUCUUUCUUAGAUAAUCUAUGACUUGGGAAUACCUCACCCAUCUCCUGCUUCAUGUGCAUCGUGCUUGUGCCCAAACAAAACCAUACAUAUGCCUUCACUU